CCGGCGCCGCAAAACCCCGCCCUUUACUUUUUACGACGCUCGCCGUAAAGCAGCGCGGAACUGUACGCGUGACAACUCUGCCGCCACGCUGCCGUUAAGCGCGGCGCUGCGCUGUCGCGAAAACGUCGUAAAAAAUAAACAAAGCGGCGGCGCCAUGCGGCGGGGUGCGGUAGCGGUGUCUGUGCUGUGCCUUGGUGCCGCGUGGAUGCUGGGACCCGGGUUCGAUCCCCGCUCAUGGCUGCAGCCCCGGGACCGACUGCUGAGCGCUGCCGAGCUGGGCCGGUACCGAGGGUUAAAGGGGGAACCCGGGAUCUACGUCGCCAUUCUGGGUCGUGUCUUCGAUGUGCAGCCCGGCCGCAGGCACUACGGCCCUGGAGGGGCCUACAGCGGCCUGGCAGGAAGAGAUGCCAGCAGAGCGUUUGCAACUGGAGACUUCACCCCGUCAGGCCUGGUGGAUGAUGUGUCUGCAUUGACACCAGCAGAGAUGCUCAGCAUCCAGAGCUGGCUGUCCUUCUACAGCGCCAACUACGCCUAUGUGGGGAAGCUGGUGGGCAGAUUCUAUGAUGAAAAUGGGGCACCGACAGAGGCCUUAAGGCAGGCUGAGGCUGCAAUCGAGGAAGGCCUGAAGUUCAAAGCAGAAAGCGAUAGAUGGAAGGAGCAGUUUCCACCCUGCAACUCUGAGUGGAGCUCUGCCAAGGGCAGCCGAUUCUGGUGCUCCAGGCAGAGUGGGGGAGUGAACAGAGACUGGACUGGCGUGCCCCGGAAGCUGUACAGGCCUGGCUCGAGGGGAAGCCACUGCGUGUGUGUGAGAAGCAGCGGCCCCCCUUGGGGCCAUCAGGGCUCAGCACAGCACAGCGACAGAGGUGACCUGGACAACCCCCACCUGCAGGAAUAUGACGGCUGCCACCCGCAGGCUGAGCAGUGCAUCCUCAGCACGUGACACUGAUCUGAGGGAGCCAGAAGGGCUCCAGUGAAUCACUGCGCUUAGGUGAGCAAUUCCAGCUCCAUUCCCUCCCAUUUGUGCAAAGGGAGCGAUGGCAGUUUCACACUCUGUGACUUUUAACGUGUGGAGAUGGAAGAUGGAACAAACACUCAAGCCAAGUGCUAAUUACUGGCUAAGAAAGUGGCACUUAGUGCUUUUUUCCUCACAGUAUUUGUACAUCUGGUGACAAACUGAUGCAAAGACCUGGUGACAAAGAUGCACAGCCUGAGCUGUACUUCAAAAUGCAUUUCUUGUACAGUCAGGAAAUGUUUCUGUGCACGGUGGUGAGUGUUUGUGCUUUAGGGCAGCAAGAAUUGCAGCAGCGUUGCUGACUUCAGUUUAUGCACAGUCCUCCAGUGUCACCCAAAGUCUGCUUAGUGCUACUGCUCCUUCCCAGGCAGCUGCUUUGCUCUAAAGAAUGUAAAGGCAGCAGGGAGAAGCCUGAUUUUUCUCUUACAGCUGCAUCCAGGAACUCGUGCAGUUCAUACACGAGCUCUGCUUAUCAGAUCCAUGGAAUCCAGGAGGCAAAGGGCAGAGCUGCAUUUCCUUAUUUCAUGUUUGUAUUAGAUACUGAGCAAAGAAGAUAGUGGACGCUGCCUAUGAGGAUUGCUGCUUGAAGUUGACCUCACCAUCCUUGUUUGGUGAUUCACUACUUUAAAGCUACCCAGCCCUGCAGUUUGAACUAGGUGACAAUAAAAUCUACAUACACAACGUCCA